AUGGGGGAGCAGGAGAUGGACGCGGGCGGCGCGGGCUGGCUGUCGUGGCGAGCGGCGGCGGUCGCCGUGGUGGCGUGGCUGGCGCUGCACGUGGCGGCGCGCGUGGCGGACGCUCUGUGGUGGCGGCCCUGUCGCCUGGAGGCGCACUUCGCGGCGCAGGGCGUGCGCGGCCCGCCGUACCGGUUCCUGCUGGGGUCCGUGAAGGAGAUGGUGGGGCUCAUGGCGGAGGCCUCGUCCAAGCCCAUGUCGCCGCCAUCCUCCCACAACGCGCUGCCCCGCGUGCUCGCCUUCUACCACUACUGGCGGAAGAUCUACGGACCGACCUUCUUGAUCUGGUUCGGGCCGACGCCGCGCCUGACGGUGGCGGAGCCGGAGCUAGUGCGCGAGAUCUUCCUCACGCGCGCGGAGGCGUUCGACCGCUACCAGGCGCACCCCGUCGUGCGCCAGCUCGAGGGCGACGGCCUCGUCAGCCUCCACGGCGACAAGUGGGCGCUCCACCGCCGCGUCCUCACCGACGCCUUCUACCCGGACAACCUCAACCGGCUGGUGCCCCACGUCGGCAGGUCGGUGGCGGCGCUGGCGGAGAAGUGGCGCGCCAUGGCGGCCGCCGCCUCGAGCGGCGAGGUGGAGGUGGACGUCGCGGAGUGGUUCCAGGCCGUCACGGAGGAGGCCAUCACGCGCGCCACCUUCGGCCGCAGCUACGACGACGGCCGCGUCGUGUUCGCCAUGCAGGGCCGCCUGAUGGCCUACGCCUCCGAGGCCUUUCGCAAGGUCCUCGUCCCCGGAUACCGGUUCUUGCCCACCAAGAAGAACUGGCAGUCGUGGAAGCUGGACAGGGAGAUACGGCGGAGCCUGACCCGGCUCAUCUCCCGGCGCAGCGACGAGGCCGAGGCCGAGGAGGUUCAGGCCGGCCACUCCGGCGGCGGCUUCCGCGACCUUCUCGGCGCCAUGAUCAAUGCCGGCGAGAGGAAGACCCCCGCGGCGAUCCCGGUGGCGGACAUGCUGGAGGAAUGCAAGACGUUCUUCUUCGCCGGGAAGCAGACGACGACGAACCUCCUGGCCUGGGCCACCGUGCUCCUGGCCAUGCACCCGGAGUGGCAGGAGCGCGCCCGCCGCGAGGUCCUCGACGUCUGCGGCCCCGACGAGCUCCCCUCCAAGGAGCACCUCCCGAGGCUCAAGACGCUGGGCAUGAUCAUCAACGAGACGCUGCGGCUGUACCCGCCGGCGGUGGCCACGAUCCGGCGCGCCAAGACGGACGUGCGGCUCUCCGACGGGUGCCUGAUCCCGCGCGACACGGAGCUGCUGAUCCCGAUCAUGGCGAUCCACCACGACGCGCGGUUCUGGGGCCCCGACGCGGCGCAGUUCAACCCGGCCCGGUUCGCCGGCGGCACGGCGAGGGCGGCCAAGCACCCGCUGGCGUUCGUCCCGUUCGGGCUGGGCUCCCGGAUGUGCAUCGGCCAGAACCUGGCCCGCCUCGAGGCCAAGCUCACCGUGGCCGUCCUGCUGCAGCGGUUCGAGAUGAAGGCGUCCCCGAACUACGUCCACGCGCCGACCGUCCUGAUGCUCCUCUACCCGCAGUACGGAGCGCCGGUGAUCUUCCGGCCACGUUCGCCGGCACCGGCAUCCUCAUCAUAG